GGAGUGGGGUGGGGGGUGGGGGGGAAGGAAAAAUAACAACAUUAUAACGGCUUUCACCGCAUCUCGGCUCUCCGUCGCCUCGGGCCGAGCUCCACAUCGCCGCCGACCGGACGCAGCCGACACCUGCCUGCCGCGUUCACGCGCGCUCGGCUUCGGAAAGAGCAAAAUCGACGGUGGCAGACAUGGACAAGAACAUGAAGCUUCUCAUGAAGAUGUCCGUCCAACAAAGCAAGUGGCAUGUGACAACGACAAGGCCCAGGAGAAGAUCCUGGGACUGAAGCACGCGUCCCUUCACGCCGAUGGCCUGGACUGAGUUUCAGCUGGCCCGCUGAAGCCAUGGGGAGCUGUUGGAGCUGUCUCUACAGGGACCCCAUCCGAGACAACCAUCUCACCAAGUUUAAGGUCAUCAAUGUGGACGAUGAAGGCAACGAGCUGGGCUCUGGGAUCAUGGAGCUCACCCAGACCGAGCUCAUUCUUCACACGCGCAAAAGGGACGCCAUCAGGUGGCCGUACCUCUGCCUGCGCCGCUACGGCUACGACUCCAACCUGUUUUCUUUUGAGAGCGGGCGUCGUUGUCAGACCGGACAGGGAAUAUUUGCCUUCAAGUGCUCUCGGGCAGAGGAGAUCUUCAACCUGCUCCAGGAGCUGAUGCAAUGUAAUAGCAUCAAUGUGGUGGAAGAGUCCAUGAUGAUGUCUGACAGCGGCCACACGCCAGAGAUGGAGAUGUCUCGCGCGCCACAGACGCCCAACACUCCAGCAUUCCCCGUGCCGACUUUUCCCAACGGAUACCCUGGUUAUCCAAUCAGAGGGGAUUCCUCCCAACCGUCCCAUGUUGAGGAUCAUGGACACAAUUUGAUGGCUUUGGAAGACCAGACUCACACUUAUGUGAACACAGUUAGCAUGGAGGGGGAUCUCGCCAUGCGUCACUGCGUGCACUCCCUACCUGAGGUGCGGCCCAGCACUUUCACCGAAACCACACGAGUGGGGGGACAAGGGGGCACACAGCCAAACCUGCGGCGUUGUCCCCUUGAGGAGCAUCAAGAUGCCCAGGUGUUCCUACAGCCAUCGUCACAGGAGGUCAAGUUCAUGCUUGGCCCCACUCCGGCUCAGCGUCACCUCCUGCAAAGGGAGCGGGAGAGGGAGCGGCUCGCUCACGGUACCCACAGCCUUCAACCAGUAGAGGGCACAACAGGCUCAGAGACGGACGGAGACGAACCCUCCCUGCACAUGUGCAAUACCUUCUCCUAUCACCAUUUCCAUCACCACCCGCACCGGCACCCGUGCCACGAGCACCCGGAGAGGUGCCGAGGCGCCGAGCUCACCUACGAGAACAUCAACGGCCUGAGGAGCGGCCGAAAGCAGCGGCUGAGUCCCAGCAGCGUGUCCCAGUCGGUGGGCUCCAGCAGCAGCAGCAGCACGGGGGACAGUCACUCCCACACCCUCCUGCACCCGCACGGCCCGUCCUCGCUUCCCCCGCAGGGCUACGGCUGCGAGAGGCCCGUGGCCGGAGGUCACCGCCGGACGGCCCUGCUUAACUACGAGAACCUGCCCUCGCUUCCCCCCGUGUGGGAGUACAGCGCCCUGCAGCGCGACGACGAGCAGGAAGAAGACGAUGACGACGAGGCCGACGAGGAGGAAUACGAAGAGGAGGAGGAAGACUUCGACGAGUAUGAGUUCUCGGAAGGCCCCGAGACGGACAACGGGUACCACCCGGACGGUCGGGGCAUCCACAGAGAUGCCCUGCAGAACUACGUCAACACAGAACAGGUGCAGCCGCCCACAAUGCGACACAGCUGCCCGCCACAUCCACGACCAUGUCAGCCCGACAGAGGGGGGCGCAUAUUUAACUUUGAUUUCCGCAGACGCUCAAGGUCAGGGGCUGGAGUCUGCGAGCACGGGCACAUGCCUCCGUCACGGCAACUGAACUACAUCCAGGUGGACCUUGAGGGAGAAGCGCCCUGCCAAGCUCUCGGCGCCGGCGGCGGUGGGGGCGGACAGCCGCACCAGCGCCUCCCGCUCCAAAAGUGUGGCUCGCAGGCACCCCGCCGCAGCGAAUGCUACGCAGUCAUCGACCUGAAGAAGACGGCGGCCAUGUCUAACCUGCAAAAAGCUCUGCCCAGGGAUGAUGGCACUUCCAGAAAGACUCGCCACAACAGCACAGACCUGCCUCUGUAAACCCCCGUCGACCGUGACGAGCAGACACGGCUACAGAUGAAAGGCUCAUCCUCAUUUUAGCACACUGGACCCUUCACUGUCAUCCGUCCAUUUCGACUAUGGCGCUGCCUAAAACAGUACAGGUACCAGAUUAGAACCCUACUGUAUCAGUGUCUAUAAAAGGGAACUUCUGAAGGAGAAUUUUGCCAUUUUAUGCUGUUAUUUAUUAGCUGUGUUGUGACGUUCUCCCCGAAAUUUCACUUUCAAGUGCAAAUACUGUUUGCUUGGUUUCUAACGAUUUCGCAUAUCGACAAUAUGCGGGAGCAGUGAGAACGGAGGCAUUUUCAUUGUGUAACUUAACCAUGACCCCCCCCCCAAAACCAUUUCCCCUCUAAUGUUAUGUCCAUGUACUUCCCCAACCAGCACAUCUAUGUGACAGCUCCUCCCUUCCUCGUGAGAGGCCAAACGCAUACCGUGGUGUAGCUUACCACUUAUUUUGAUGACGUUUCCGUCCGUCGUCCAUCAGUAGAGCAGUUUGCACACAAUCCUAUGGAAUUGUAUUCUUUGGGUUAUAGGGAGAGUUUUCACAAUCACAAACAAAACAAAAAACAAAAACAACUGGGGUUGAGAGGUUGUUUUGGGAGAAUUCAACUAAGCUCAAGGGACAAGUAGCACAAAGUGAAAUCGGUGAACCUCGUCCCUCGCCCAAGUAGCAUAUCACCCUCCAUCACACCUCCAUCCACACCGUACGAUAAUGCACUUUUGAACCCAGACGAGUGAUGACGCAGUUUAUUUCAACAUCCCCUGCACCUGAGCCACAGGUUUCUCAUUUUCGGAAAAAAAAAAAAACAAAAAAACAAAACAUGAGCGGGCCACAUACUGUAUUUCAUAGCCAGCAUUUGUAGUACUUCAAAUGGUUGUGAGACUGAUAUCUGUAACGUGACAGAGUGGCAUUAAUCUUAUUAGCCUCGCCUAAAAUGUGCCGAAUCUACACUUUGCCCAUCAUCAGGUAUGAAUGCCCUGCGUGAAAGGUAAUCAAAGUUAUCUUUUUGUAUUGCUAGCCACACUUUAGUGAGGUAUUUAUUUAUUUAUUUCAUUAUUUAUUCUUUCUCGCCUUAACCUGUCCAAUGGUUGCGUUCCAUGUGACAACCAGCAUAUUUUUUUUUAUCUGUAAUCCAGUUUAUCUGGAGACCAAAGUUUCACUUUUGACUACUCCGUGCGUGAUUCUAUGUUGACAAAAUAGAGACUUUAAGUGCCAAAAAUGUAAAAAAAAAAAACAUGUAAUGAAAUCAAAGGUGCCAAUUGUAGAAUACAAGUAGGGCUCUAGAAAAAGACGAAUAGAAACGGAGAAAAAAAAAUGCACAUUUCACCUCAUCCGUCCAUCAACCGUCAUAUUGGAGUGAUGUAUGGAAUUGUUUGCUGCUACGUGUACAUACAGAUUACAUAUAGACAGUGGUCCAUGUAGGUGACUGUCCUUGUCCCAAUGAGAACCUGCUGUGUGUGUUUGCAAUCUUUUGGCCAUACAUAUAAUUUUAGGUACGCUCUAUAGCAUUGUCAUCGUCUUUUGACUCAACAGUGCAAAUGUUACAGUUUAGAGAAAUACUUUCAUCUCAUUAUGGCCCAAACUGAAAUGUUGAUUUAGGAUGUUUUUAUUUACAAACUAGCUGAUGAGCGGGAAGACUCACCGCUAUAGAACUUUAAAUCUUACACAGGACAACAUGCCUUUUGCGUGUCAGUUUCAUAAGUCUUUGACAUGCGUUUUUUUCCUUUUUUUUUUUUUGCUUUCUACAGGGAUGGCAAUUUUCUGCGGAUACACUUAAAUCCGCCGUUUUAUUUCUUAAAUUGAUCAUUUUUGUGAAUCGUCUAAAUCCGUUGAGAAAAUUUUAGGGGGUGGGGGGUCAGGUACCUUAUCGUCGAGUUUUCACGAGCCCUCCCGAUCAGUCUUUCCAUCUUCCCAUUGUAAACAGCCCUGCGAUUGGACGUGUAUGAUGUCUUAGUUGUUGUGAUUGGUCGCCCCGUCCGGACCACGCUCCUUUCCGCUUUUUUCAUCACAAGUCAUUGCCAUCCCUGUUUCUACAAAUGCAAAUGUUCCCUUUAUUCCGUCAAAUGAGGGUCUCAUUGUAUCUUUGUUGAUUCAGGAUAAAUCAAAAGCAGCACACAGUGGAACCUCAAAAGUUGAAAACAGUCUGCUCUGUGACCACAAAAGUCCACACGCCCCUGUUCAAAUGCUUGGCAUUUCUGAUAUAAUUUCAAAACAUGUUCUGCCAUUUAAGAUUAUUUAAGAUAAGAUAAGAUAACCUUUAUUUGUUCUACACUGGGGAAAUUUGCAGACUACAGCAGCAAAAUUGGGGGGUGGGGGGGGUUAGAAUAGAAAAGAAAUUGUGACCUAUAACGUUUGCAAUUCAACUGAAAGUGUUCCGAAUUAAACAAUCGCAAUCAAAUUCAUGUUGAAUGGUAGUCAGCACUCGUCUGCCACCAUUUAACCCUUUCUUCCACCAUCACAUGAUAAGCUGUCCACUUUAGUAACCGCUGUCCCGCAGAGGGUUAAAGUGCUUCUGACUAAGCCCAAAUAGAAUUCAAGUAUUUCAGUAAGCAUGUGUUGAUCAUUUUGCAUUCUUGCAAAAGCCUGAAGAUUUUGUACGACAGUAAAACUUCUCUACAACGAAAUCAUGUUUGCAGCAAGGCAUUUUUCACAACAGGGGACUUUUCAGUGUAGCAAAUUUUAUCUCAGACGUAAACACAAACACACACAAAAAACGUCUGAAACUAACAAUAACAAAUACUUUCAGACUACUGCGCAUGUGUAAACCAGUGUGGUGUUUGCUGUUGCCAUUUCCGAACGAAGCAGCAGAGGUCGCUGUGGCAUGCUGAGGUUGGAUAAGACCUUUGCGGAAGACUUAUUUUCGCUGUAGUGACUCUCGUUGCAAGGCAAGAGCAGAGAAAAAUAUUUCGUUUAACAGAACAAGGGGACUUUUCUUUGUAGGGUGAGCAGAAAAGUGGGAAUGACUUUCAUGCAUGAACAUUUUUCACACUAGGGGGUGUUUUCGCCCAAGUACGUUUUGUUGUAGAGGAGUCUCACUGUAACGCUGGUGGCUGUAUUUGGAACGGUUCACCUCAACUAGGUGUCCUGUUCCAGCUGAAGAAAAAUGGUUGAAAGUUUCACUUGUAGGUAAUGUUGGUGAUGACCAGUGUUGUGUUGUGCUGAACCCAAAUUUUGAGAAUAAUGACCUUGAAAGUGUGUUUUUGCAAAAUGUAGCCAGGUUUAGAUAUUUUUCUUUGUAGCACGAGGCUAGUUUGGCCACCCUACCCCGUAACCCAGACAUUGUUGUCACAUGCCCGAGACAGCCAGUACUUGCCAGAAAGGUCUGCCGCUCCUUCAGUGUUAGUGUCAAUCCAACCGCAUGGAGGGCCUCAGUGAGUAAUUUUCUUCUACUUAUGCCUUUGACCAGGGACAAAAGCACAAUAGAAUAUCUGAAGUUUGCUUUGAAUUAAUCAAAUGCACUUUCAAUGGUGCUACUGUGUGCUGACUUCCAUUCAACAUUCAUUUGAAUAGGGGUAAGAAGACUUAAUAAAAUAUACAGUAUAUAUAUAUAUAUUUGCUGUAUAAUUGGAAAAAGGGGUGGCGGGGGUGGACAGUCGUAAUCUCACCAUUUAAUUUGUAGUAACUGUACAGACAGGUUUGAAGUUACAUUUCAACGUUGACAAGUGCUACAAAGUGUGGACUAAAUAAAUGAAUUAUGAACGAAAAAUAACUAUUAAAAAAAAUAACACUCAUUGAGUUUGCCAUGUUGUACUGAAGCAGCCUGAACAGAGACGCACGUACCAAACGAGGGGUAAAAUUUACGUGGCUAGUUUGUAUAAGCAAGCAAGUUGAUUGUGCUGCUGGUUUUGUUAUAUUUAAAAACGAGCAUCGCCUUAACGAUUAAACACAGCUCUCUUUCCAAUCUGUCUCGUUUUUGUGUUAUACAACCAGCGCGUAUACAGAAUGUCAAUAUGGGUUCCCAUUCUGCCUCCAUUUCCUGCGCUCUUGUUUUCAUUAUAUUUUAUCAAUUAAAAUCUAUAGAUGGUCACUGAGUCCCACUGAGAUUUGCUGAGUGAGACUUCUUUCAUAUCACAUGAUGAGGCAUUUUUUUCCCUUAAAAUGUAAUUUAAUCACAUUUUGGGUGUUUGACUUUGGAAGUUCCACUGUAUUUUUAGACAAUGGGACCCACACAUCAUCUCAUUCAUUCAUUCAUUUUCCUAACCGCUUGAUCCUCACUAGGGUCGCGGGGGGUGCUGGAGCCUAUCCCAGCUGUCUCCGGGCAGUAGGCGGGGGACAUCCUGAAUCGGUUGCCAGCCAAUCGCAGGGCACACGGAGACGAACAACCAUUCGCACUCACACUCACACCUAGGGACAAUUCAGUGUUCAAUCAGCCUGCCAUGCAUAUUUUUGGAAUGUGGGAGGAAACCGGAGCACCCGGAGAAAACCCACACAGGCCCGGGGAGAACAUGCAAACUCCACACAGGGAGGCCGGAGCUGGAAUCGAACCCGGUACCUCUGCACUGUGAAGCCGACGUGCUAGCCACUGGACUACCGGGCCGCCAUCUCAUCUCAUUCAGACAUCUCUAUUUAUUUUAUUCAUUUUAUAUGAUAAUGUUAAAUUGUUUUGGUUUACGGAAUCCAUAAAGCUAAACAUGAAAAAAUAAGCCACAUUAUUGUUGUCCAGGGAAAUUGUUUAAAGGAAAUUCAAAAACACAGAAACACAGAAAAUGUGGUGUUGAAAGUACUAUUUAUUUUUAAUGUAUAUACCAAUCGUUUAGAGUUGAGGCAUGCAACAGAUAUCCAACCAACCAUAUAUAAUCAAUCAAAAUAAAUAUUUUUCAGACCUAUUCUGCUAAAUUCUCAUGAGAACAAUGUAGUUUCAGAGAGAGAUGCUGUACAUUCCCAACACAGAAGCCUUAAAAAUCCCAAAUCAAAAGUUAGAAUUUGUGUUUUUGUUCUUAAAGGCCAACUUGCCUCAGUUAGGACUGUUGAAGAUGAUCCGUGAGAAAGAUGUUUACAUUUGCAUCCAUCCAUUUUCCACCGCUUAUCCGCUUAUCCCGGGUUGCGGGGGCAGCAGCUUCAGGAGGGAAGCCCAGACUUCCCUCUCCCCAGCCACUUCUUCGAGCUCUUCUUGGCGGAUCCCGAGGCGUUCCCAUGCCAGCUGGGUGACAUAGUCUCUCCAGCGUGUCCUGGGUCGUCCUCUGGGUCUCCUGCCAGUGGGACAUGCUCGGAACACCUCACCAGGGAGGCGUCCUGGAGGCAUCCUAAUUAGAUGCCCGAGCCACCUCAUCUGGCUCCUCUCGAUGUGGAGGAGAAGCGGCUCUACUCUGAGCCCCUGCCGGAUGACCGAGCUUCUCACCUUAUCUCUAAGGGAGAGCCCGGACACCCUGCGGAGAAAACUCAUUUCGGCCACUUGUAUCCGGGAUAUCGUUCUUUCGGUCACGAUCCAUAGUUCGUGACCAUAGAUGAGGGUUGGGACGUAGAUCGACCGGUAAAUUGAGAGCUUCGCCCUUUCGCUCAGCUCCUUCUUCACCACGACAGACCGAUACAACGUCCGCAUCACAGCAGACGCUGCACCGAUCCGCCUGUCGAUCUCUCGCUCCCUCCUGCCCUCACUCGUGAACAAGACCCUAAGAUACUUAAACUCCUCCACUUGGGUCAAGAUCUCCUCCCCGACCCGGACAGGGCACUCCACCCUUUUCCGACUGAGGACCCUGGUUUCAGAUUUGGAGGUGCUGAUCAUCAUCCCAACCGCUUCACACUCGGCUGCGAAACGCUUCAGUGAGAGUUGGAGAGCCCUGUUUGAAGGAGCCAACAGUACCACAUCAUCUGCAAAAAGCAGAGAUGCAAUACUGAGGCCCCCAAAACAGACCCCCUCAACGCUUCGGCUACGCCUAGAAAUUCUGUCCAUAAAGGUGAUGAACAGAAUCGGCGACAAAGGGCAGCCUUGGCGGAGUCCAACCCUCACUGGAAACGAUUCCGACUUAUUGCCGGCAAUGCGAACCAAACUCUGACAUCGGCAGUAUAGGGACCAAACAGCCCGUAUCAGGGGGCUCGGUGUUUACAUUUGCAAUUAUUAUUAUUAUUUUUUUGAUUCAAAGGAAACCAUUGGGUGAAGAGUGAACUACCAGUAAUUAUCGAUAGAGCAAUGAGCUCCAUAUCAUCUACCUACUUGCCCGUUCUGUCAAUCUUCAGCUGCAUGUUUUUAUGUUCACAUUUCAGCCUUUGUUAUGUCAUGUCAUGAUUGUAUGAUGUAAAUUGUCAUCUACAGUGCCAUAAACUAGUUCAGAGUUUCCGAAAUGUAUGGUCACAGUCAGUUUUUAGUCAUUGAAUGCUCAGUGCAGUCAUGCCUUGAGAUCAUAAUUUAAUUCACCCAUGACCACUUGUAUCUCAAAAUAUUUCUUUCCCAAUUUAUAUAAAUACAAAUACCAUCUAUCAGUUCCAGCCGCCCACAAAAACGUAAAAAAUUAUAUUCUUUCUCUCAAGAAAAGUAGCACUCUAUAAUAUUGUACUUGAUAAAAACACACAGUAAUAACAUAAUUAUAUAGAAUGGAAGGAAUGAUGCAUUCCCCCCAUCACCUCCCAUUCUUUGCUUUAAUUCAGAAGACAUUGUGCUGGUGAGCGUGCCUUGGCCACCUGGCGGCAGUAUAAAAUAGACGUACACAGAGCUGGUCAAAACUCUUCAAUAGGCCACUUUAAGAUUAGAGAAAACGGUCGUUGUCAUUCUUUGUAGAGGAUAAAGAAUACAUGCCUGUGAGUUUUUUUUUAAUAUUAUCUUCCUACAUAUGUUUCUCCAGUUGUGUUCAGAUAUCCAUUGCUGAAAGCAAUAGUGUCAAGCUCAUUUUUAUCCCAUGCCACACUGUAGUUACUCUUUCCCACGAGGCCCAUUAAUUACUGAAAUAACUGAAACCAUAUAAAUGUUUCAUCCCCUCAUUUUAUGGUUACAUAUACAGUACACAACUUGUUUCAAAAUCACCAGUUGAAAAUACUGUAGUUUGUUCAAAUUACUGUAAAAAUAGGUUUGGUAACAAAUGCUAUAUCCCACCGCCAUUUGGAACGUAAGACAAUUAGAAAUUUUGUUGACAUGCUUGAUUUGCUUUGCGGGCCAUAUCAUAUGAGGUGGCACGCCAUAUCUGGCCUUGAGGCCCUUGAGUUUGACAUCUGUGGCUUUUAGGGUUGUAACACCAUCACGCUGAUGCUACUUGUUUUGCAUUAUUUCUUAGCGUUGAACUCAACAGACUCAUCUAAAGCCACGUGAUGGUUCGAAAUACACAUUUAAUUCUCUUUGAUUUAUGUUUAGUUUGACAACUCGGAGUGGCAAUAAAAUGCCAAAAGCGUCUUUUUUGAAGACUUGGUCAGUUUUGCUAACUGCUGCUUGUUGCGAGUUGAGUUGAGUUCCUUUUUGCUCGCAAGUCAAAACAAAAUUGUAUCUUUCGGCUCAUUUGUAUCUGAAGGCACCACUGUAUGUGUUGAGGUUUUUUUUUGGUCAUUUGGGUCUUUAGCUGAAAAUGUACAGGUAUGUGGAAACUGCACGAGGUCAUCAUUGCCUGAAUUAAUCUUUGGCCUUGAGUGAUGUCAGGAAGUGGUUGUGUUCUCAAAAUGUUAUCCAUGAUGUCAGUAUGUACGUAACGUAGCAACUUCACCACCACUCACACAGCUACAUCUUUCAUUAUCCAGUGACUAUGUGAAUUACUAGUUGAAGCUUAUGUACGUGAUCUCACCAAGUGGCUCUCUUGAUGACAGCUGACGGCCAUCAAAGCGUGUCACUUCAGAGUCACAGUCUCAGUCUUGGGUGUUUAUGCCUCGGCAUGCGACACCCGAGGGCCCUGCGGUAACAAUUGCUUCUGCUUGUGUUAUCUGAAGGGCAAGAUAACUCUCCUUGCGAAGUUCCUCAAACUCAAUUUAUCAAGCGGGUUUUUAAACCAAAAGGGCUUGCUCUGUGUUUACCGUUUAAACAUGAAAUUGUAUUAUUAAGAAAUCCAUUUCUAGAGUUUUCUCACUGUGCCUUUCAUAUGGACGCUGGGGGAAAUGCAUCUACCGCAGUUUCUGGGGUCGGCCUGUUGUCCAAAAAAAAAGAAAGAAAAUUAAAGGUAACAGUUUGACAUUUGGGGAUUUACUCAUUUAUAUUUCCACCCUCAUGACAGUCUUGUUGAUUUUGAAAGCAGAUUAAUUGAGUGACUUGGAGACUUAACAUGCUCGUCUGCACUGUAAAAGCCCAUCUGACCCCAGUCUGGUUGUCUUGUGUUUGUGUAAGUGUAAACAAGAAAAGAUAAACACAAAGGAUAUGCUUGGUUUAUUGGACGACAGCUUGCUACCAAGUAGUUUAGUGUUAGACGCCUAGAAGUCGCUUCUCUCAACACGUGACGCACCACAAGUCAAUUUUUUUCUACUUUAUUUUUUGCGGUUGCUCUAACAUGUUAAUUUAAGAACAAGACAAUUUUCUAAUAUUUGGCUAAGAAGUUAUCUUACAGGAAGAUUAGCUUGCUAACAACACUUGGUAAAACUAAUUCUGAGCUGAACUGACUUCAUGGUCUAAAUGUAAUAUUUUCAUGACUGGCAACUGGCAACCCUUUUAUUAAUGUUUCCCAUCCUUUAUUGAGGCAAGGCAAAUUUGAAAAAUGUCACAAAAAGUGGUUGUCCAGGUUAAUUGUGUACCUUCUGCCAUCGAGCAGAAGAGUAUUUCAUUGGUCUCCCUGUGAUAAUACAUCACUGGCAUUGUGUGAAAUUGGUUGGGAACUGACUGGAAAACUCAGCCUUACAUUGGAGACUCAAGAAAAUUAGCAGACUGUAGCGUUUAAUGUUUUGAGUCUUAAGGAGGAAGUCAAGUCAAAAAUUCUCUUGACAGUAAAAUGUUCUAUGCGGAACCACUAAACAUGGUAUUCAGAUGAAUAUUGCGUUUGGAACAUAUGAAUUAUACGGCCAAAUCUACCCGUUUUUGUUUUUGUCGACUGAAAAUGACAUCAGAGUGGCUCAGGUAAUGACCAAUCACAGCUCGGCUUGUGAACAUCACAUAACCAAACUCAGAAAACAGGUGAGCUGAGAUUGGUCGCUAUCUGAGCCCUCAGGAACUGUGAUGUCAUUUUAAGUCAACAUCAAAUGGCAAAAUGGCCACUCCCACGAGAUAGACAAAGACAGUGCUUCUUAAUCCAUAUUCCAACACAGCAAUGUUAAUCCGAAUUCUGUGAUUAGACGAGUGGGGACCCAUAGAACAUACUGUAUUGUAAAGACAGUUUCUGACUCGGCUUUCCCUUUCAGGUCAUUGUGCAUACCUGAUUCCUUGUCAGCAACUACUAGAUUUCCUUUGAUUUGCCAUUUUGUUAUUUAGGUUGUUUUCUGUUAACCUGGUGGAAAUAUGAAGUCAGCAUGAGAGAAAAGCAUUUAAAAAACCAAGUUCGCCCUUACCAGAUCAAUUUCAUCAUUUUGACCAUUUGGUGUUAUCCUCACAAAAAGACAAAAACCUCAUUGUCAUGCUACAAAAUAAAUAUCAGAUAAGACUAUUUAGCGAUAUUCUGCACGUGUUCUUUUGUUCCGUUUUAUACAAGCUUAUCAUCACCGCCAGAGGCUGAUGUACUGUCCAUGUACGGGUGACUCAUUUGUCAGUGUGUGCGUGUGAGUGUGUACAUGAAGGCUUUCUGACUACGGGGUUUACUUUUCCCAUUGAAAGAGUGCCAAAUAUGAUUUUGAGCAUGUAAAAUGUGGGAACUGGGAAUGGGGCUCGUGAAGCAAAUGCAACACAGACGUGAAAUCAUUGAAAUGCACCAGGGAAAAGGAUCUUUGUUUUGUCUGUUUGCAAAUUUAAAAAAAAGAAAGAAAAGAAAAUGGUUUCUUCAAGUGUUUGUUUGAUGUGUCUGUGCAUCCACGGCUGACGGUCUGAUAUAGCCAUUAGAAGCCCCCUUUGCUUCAUCUGUUGGACUGUCAAAAUGGACUUUAGGGUGAUUUUUGCCCUCGCUAAUCAUUCCACACGCAGAUGACUUUUACUCGUCUGCUCAUCACUCAGUUGAUCAUCUCAGAACACAGUGAGCCUGAUACUUGGGGACUAUAAUCAUUUACAGAGUGUGGAUUUGUCCAAGAUGUACAAGUCAAUGUAAUUCCAAUAUUAAAAUGAUGCCAUGAAAAUAUCUUAUUGUGCAUUAAACAGUGUCAACUUUG